AUGUCUAAUACACACCUAGUUCUGUUGCUUCUUGCCGUGGUGGCUCUCGCUGCCCCCUCCAAUGCCGAUUACCAGAAGCAGCCACCGGCCCCGAUUUACAAGCCACCAACUCCUGCUUACAAUCCUCCUCCGGUGACCAAGCCACCCACAGAACACAUUCCACCAACUCCUGUUUACAAGCCUCCUCCGGUGAGCAAACCACCCACAGAACACAAGCCACCAACCCCAGUUUAUCAACCUCCUAAAGUAGAGCAGCCAAGCCCCGAACAUAAGCCACCAAGUACUCUACCUCCCAAAACCGGAAAUUCUCCGCCAGAGUACAAGCCACCUGGCGACAAGCCAUCAACCCCGGUGUACAAACCUCCCACUCCCAAGGCAGGGAAGCCACACCCAGAGCACAAGCCAUCGCCACCUUAUGGUCACUAUCCGGGACACCCACCACUGGAAAAAGGCAAAGAUCAUCAAAAACCACCACGGAAGGUUCUGCCUCCUCCAACCCCAUACUAA